AUGGAAACAUAUUCAUGUGGAUGUGAAGUUGACAUUCAAUCACGUGAUUCUAAUGUUGGUUUACAAUUUCAAUACUUAUCAGAACAACAAAAAUCAAUGAGUAAUUUGGAAACACUUAUUAUUGAAAAUAUUCCUAAUGAAUAUGAUACAUCUACAAUAACAAAAUUAUCAUUUCGACUGGGCGCGAGUAAGGGUGUAAAUUAG